UGUCAAUGUAAAGGUUUUUGAUUUUGUUUUUGCAAUUUUUAUUUUAAAAAUAUGAAUUUAUUGUUGUGAAUUAUAUGCAUUUCGCAAUUUGCAAUAAAUUUUACCGAUGAAUAUAUAAGUCCGUUUAAAUAUUUAAUCUAAACAUCUUUAACUCUAUAGUAGUCUAAAAAAAUGAUAUAGUUUAUGCAAAAUAAUGGAAGUCAUUGCUACACAACGGGUUGAACCAAACAAGAAGAUAUAUGCUUGCACUUUUGAUGGAUGCACUUCAGUGUUUGAGAGGCCGUACAGGCUGGCACAACAUAGAUUGGUUCACGAUAAUGUGAAACCUUUUACAUGUGAUGAAAAAGAUUGUGACAAAGCAUACACAAGCAAAAGUCACUUGGUCCGUCACAUCAACACUGCACACAAGGAAGCUCCAGAGAAUUUACCAUACUGCUGUCCAAAAUGUAUGAAGCAGUAUGUAAACCGACAAAAUCUAAAGAGGCACAUAAAAGUAAGCCACACCGACAACAACAAGCCAUUCAACUGUGACCACUGCAGACUGUAUUUCAAGAAAGUGCAUCAGUUGAGAGCUCAUAUGUAUGUUCAUAAUGGUGUAAAACCAUUCAGUUGUUCAAUGUGUGAAAGGGAAUUUGUUACUCUAUAUGAGAAAAAGAAACACAUGAGAAACCACAAAGUGUACAAAUGUGAGCACUGUGAGACCAAGUUUACACGGUGGACUGAGUUGAUGCAUCACAAGAGAGUGGACCAUGUGUCUCCUGAAUAUAUUUGCCAUGACUGUGGAAAGGUAUUCAAAGAGAGAGGACAUGUAAUUCGACACGUCAAAAAGCACCUGCCCAAUGCACCAGUUACAAUAUUUUUUUGUCCAUAUGAUAAUUGUUUAAGGCACUAUUCUCGUAACAGUAAUCUCAAACAACAUAUUUUAGUCAAACAUGAAGGGCUGACAUUUGAUUGUUCACUCUGUGGUGCCAAAUUAUCAACAAAGGCUAAAUUAAACGAGCACAUUGAUCGACAUAACCGACCAGAUCUACCUCCCAAACUUUACAAAACUCUCGAAACUGGUCGAAAGAAAAGAAAAGAUGCGGGAACAAUAAGACAAGAAACAGCAAUGAGGUUAGCUGGGAUCGUCAAACAGAAAAUCGAAGAAGGCAUAAAUAGACAUUACACCGAAGGUGUGAAUUGUCAAGAUAACUUUGAAAAUGAUAAUAAAGAUGAAAAAGAACAUUUGGAAAACAAAAUUCACUAUAAUUUACUAGAAGAACGAACUAGGUUACGAGAUGUAGAAAGGGAAUUAUCAAAACGAAACCAAAGUAUUGAAUUAAAAGUUAAAUCUAAUUAUUUAAAUGACAGUGCCGACUUUCAAGAUAAAUUAGAAAACGCCACUUCUGAACUAACUACAAUAUCUCAAUGUAUUAAAGAAGGCAGUAUAUCUAGUCGACUAAAUGGUAGUGUAAACUUUCAAGAUAAAUAUAUUAAUAACCAGCCUACUAGUCUAAUAGAAAUUCUCAAUCGACCAGCAAUAAAAAUAGAAAAUCAAGAAAAAACAUUGGAGGGUUCCUCAAACCAACUAAUCAAUUCCAUAGCUGUUGAUGUUAAAAUAGAAUCUGAUGGUGACAACAGUCUAUACAAUGACGAUUGUAAAGAAGGAAAUGAAUCUUCCGAAGAUCUUCCAAACAAAGCUAAUUCAGAACAAUCUGAUACAUCUAACCAACCAAUAACUACCAUCAAAGUAGAAAAUAACACAGAAGAACAGAGUAACGAAAAUGAUUAUCUUCGAGAUGGCGCAGUGAAUUCUAUAAGCACGCCAUCUUUACCGAUAAACAAUGCACUAUCUUCAUUGAUGCAACUUUACUGGAGAACUCUAUUAAAUCACAAAGAUGUCUAAAUUUUUAUAGAUAUCUGUAUAGUCAACAAUGUUUUAAAAAAUUAUAUAUAAGUAAUAGUACAAAACGAUAUAA